AUGUAAAACUUAGAUUCAACAAAAGAAUUGACCUAUGAAUAAUAACAUGAAUUAUAUAAUUAGCAAAUUGCUGAUAAUAAAUAAAUUUCAAGUGCAAUGGCUUAUUUAUUAAUGGAUUUAUGUGAAGAAGGUGACAAUGAUGCUAAUAAUAUUUAAGAACUAGAAUCUUUUAAUAGUCCAAAAGUCCCAUCAAUUUCUAUUUAUGACUAUAUCUGUAGAAUAUUAAAAUAAGCUUAAUGUUCUUAAGAAUGUUUAAUAAUGGGCUUAAUAUUAAUUGAUAAAUUAUCUCAAAAAUGGGGAAGAAUUAUAGUAAAAUCAAUUAAUGUUCAUAGGUAAAUUUAUAUUUAUUUUUAUUAGAUUAUAUGUAGUAUCGGUAAUGUUAUCUGCUAAAUUUUAUGAUGAUAGAUUCUUUUAAAAUUCAUAUUAUGCUAAAGUAGCUGGUAUAUCACAUGAAGAAUUUAAUCAUUUAGAAAGAGUCUUGGUUUUCUUAUUAGAUUUUAAAUUAAUUAUAGAUCCAUUACUCUUUUUUACAUAUCGUUAAAGAAUUAUAACCAAUUAUUUUGAUAAUCCAGAAUGA